CAAGAUUCGACUCGAGAAUGUGCUGGCGACGACCUCAGCAAAUCAGUAUACUCUAUAGCUAGUGUGAUCACUUCAAUGUCAUCCAAGCACGAUCGAUCAGCUAGGAGGCUAGCAGCCCUGUGAGCAAUCUGAAGGCCUGGGAUCAAAACAAGAAAAGGGGCAGCUAGCUACCUCCCAUCGUCUAGCGGCCGCUUCCUAGUCCGCAGAGAUGGCGCACUCGCAGCUGGUGGCGAGCUUUGUUCUUGUCGUUCUGUUCUGCGGCGCCUCUUCAGCCAGCUCACACGGCAAGGGACCCCGGGCGCUUUUACAGUCAGUGUGCCCAAGCCCCGGCUCUCCCAACCCCUGCUACAACGCCGAUGGCAGCAAGUACAUAUGCUGCGCUGGGAGUUGCCCUUCAAUCCCUGGCCAGGACCCUUACUGCGCUGGGGGCCCCCCGGGGCUUUCCCCCGAGGCAAAGCUUGAGGCUUUGGGCAUCAAUGCAGUGAACAGGAACGGGCCGUACAUUGGAAUUGUGGUGCCAAACCCGUUUGAGAUUGUGUCGCUGCUGACGUCAUCGACGUUCACGGAGACCCAGGAGAUCAGCGUCAACGCGCGCAUCUUCCACGUGGGCUCCAUCGACGGCAAGAAGGUGGUCGUCGUGCAGUGCGGCCUGACCCACGUGAACGCGGCACUCACCACGCAGCUGCUCAUCGACUAUUUCUACGUCGACAAGAUUCUGCACUACGGGAUUGCAGGCGGUGCGGACGAGUCCUCGAACCUGGGUGACGUCAGCAUCGCGUCGGAGUGGGCCACGUGGGGCUUGUGGAGCUGGCAGAGAGACGGCCUCACCCCGGACGACCCUCUUCCUCUCGAGGCCUUCGGCGAUUACACCCGCGAGAUCGGACGGCUCGCGUUCGGCAACUACAGCGCAACGGGACCGAUGACCCCGAACUCGCUCAACUCGGUCUGGCUCCAAAGGCAAGAGCUGUUCAAACUGCCCGACGCGGAGACACGUGUUCAAACGCUGUUCUUCCCGGCGGAUGCGGGGCUCCUGUCGAUUGCGGGCAGCCUGGCGAAUCUACAACUAGAUGACUGCAGCAACAUGACCGCCCGCACUGGGUGCCUCUCCAAGCAGCCCAAGAUCGUCAUCGGUGCGCGGGGCGUGGACGCCGAGAUUUUCGUGGAUAACGCGGCAAUUCGUGACUUCAUCGGGGCGACCCUCGGGGCGCCCGGGAAGCCCGUGCUCACCAUCGACAUGGAGUCGUCCGCGGUCGCCAUGGUCGCAACUUCGAACGGAAUUCCGUUCAUCAUCUUCCGUUCCGUGUCCGAUCUGGCUGGUGGCGGAGCGCAGGAAAACGAGGCUGGGAACUUCUUCGGCCUCGCCUCCGGAAACGCUUACAAGGUUCUCACCGCGCUCAUCGCGGGCAUUUCUGGGUACGACGCAUAACGGACGGGUCUGGUUAACAGGCAUUCGCAUACAAUGGUAGAUUUAUGGAUUCAAGCACUGUGUCUAAGUUAUACCCGUAGUGAAGUUGGGCUCCUUGUCUGCGUGUUGCAACUUGACAGGACCGACAAACCUCCAAUGUAAUCCUUGAAAGGGUGAGUCCGUCGAGCAGUUCACAGGUCGCCAGAACUUUCGAAACGGAACGAGUUGAUAGCCAACAAGGAAAAGCGCACGUCAACAAGUUGCUGUAAGAACUUGGCGGGAAAAUUCAGAAGCCGAGAGUUGCGAAUUCAGGGAAGAGGUUCGAGAGUUUGUGGUCAUGCGGUUUUCAACUUGGGUGCUGGACCAGAACGGUAUACGUAGACUGGUGACGCGCUUGUGAUCACUCCAGGUCAAGAAAGGUCUUAAAACACGUACGUUUGCUCUAAGAAACUUGGCUAGUACGGCGUACUGAAAACAGACCCCAAGACUCAAGAAUCACUUAAGACGACUUCCUUUGGGAAAGAUGAUUGCCUCGAGAUCCCCG